UGUAAACGAAAAAAAUAAUCUUUUGAUGGUGGCUCUCUGCAGUCCCCGUUUGAUUCUUCUGGUGAUUUGGAAUAUGAUGAUGAUGACAUGAUGGAGUACGACGAAGAAGAAGGUGAUAGGGAGGCAAGCGACGUGUCUAGCUGCGAAGAGGGCCAAGAAUGGGACGUUGAUAGUUUCGACGAUGGAUUCGAUUACAGACCCAAACGGAAUCUGGAUCCCAACGAUGAGAUAGGUCAAAAGAUGGAUCGAUAUAGAUCUCAGAUGUACCGUAGCAAGGGUUUCCAUGUGGAUCGAGAAAACUACCCUGGGAGUGUGAUGUACCGACCACUCGUUCCCAUUGAUCUUGAUAAACCAUUUUGGAACGCUGGACUUACAGGCCGUUCGGUCAUGCAGAACAUGGUGGAUCUGGCUCUAGAAAGAUACAACAGAAUCAAGAAACUGGGAUACAAAGUAGUGAAAAAGAAAUUAUUGAGAGAUAGAGACCGGAGAUUGACCGAGAUUGACCGAGAUCGACGGUCGAGAAGAUUGCUCAAGAAUAUGGAAAUUAUGUAG